ACAAUACACAGAGGCAGUCAGAUUGCCAUAAUGACGAGAGAGCAAGGUUGUGUCCUUGCUCACCUCUUUGCAUUGGUGUGUAUUCUUGCACAUAACCCUGUGCAAGGCGCUCAGUCAGCUUCAUGUAGUAAAACUUCAAACAGUCUCUACAAUUUCUCAAGCAAAACGUUGCCAGAGUUUGGCUCCAAAGAUGUCUCCUUCGAUACCUACAAGGGUAGCGUUGUUAUUGCUGUAAACGUUGCUUCUUUUUGAGGCUUGACGAAGACCACAUACUCACAGCUGAAUGCACUUAUGCUGAAGUAUGGCCCUAAAGCAAGAGAAUCCUGCAGGUUACAGGUUCUCGGCUUCCCUUGCGCUCAGUUCGACAACCAAGAGCCGGGAAAUGACGACGAAAUUAUGAACACUUUGAAAUAUGUGAGACCCGGAAAUGGCUUUGUUCCCGAGUUUACCUUGUUCUCAAAACUCGAAGUAAAUGGUGCAUCAACAGACCCGCUGUACUCUUGGAUGAAGACAACAUGUCCUAGGCCAGAUUCAUUAAUAGCCACCACCAGCAGUGUCAGUUGGAGUCCAAUUCAAGUUGGAGAUGUGAGAUGGAAUUUUGAGAAGUUUCUUUUUGACCACACUGGUAAGCCAUACAAAAGAUAUAAUGAAGCAUAUGUACCAUUUUUGAUGGAGAACGACAUCAAAACCUUAAUUGGUAAUUGCAUAAAGGCUGGAAAGCAGAGUAGAGAGUAUGAUUAUUUUUAUUAUUAAAUUUUCCUGGAAUAUGUAGUUAUGGAUUUAGGUGAGCAGUAUUCUGGUGUUGUUAAUAUCUUUCUAAUGCAAUACUAAUAUUUUAUUUAAUUACAGUGAAGACAUAGAUAUAGGAAGCAUUUUAAAAAUGGGAUGAGGUACAUGUAAACAGAAAAGGGACUGAGCUGUGAAUAUGCACUCAUCCACAAUUUCUAAAAAUGGGGGCACAUGCCCCCUUUGCAAAUUGUUCCUAUGUUUAUGAAUGAAGGCCUCUUGGCCAAAAUAAAUCUCAAUGCUUUAACAGGAUAGUCAUGAAAUAUUAUCUAUAAACACAACAUAACCAUUCAACCUAUUUGUGAUACUCUAUGUUAAAAUCUAUGGUGAAGCUUGUCUCUUUGUAUUUUCUCAUUAGCAGGGGUUUGACUUUAUGAUGUUUCCACUCUUUUUUGCUUGUCACAAAUUUAGUUCUUGAAAGUUUCUUAUCUUAUAAGAAUUUGAAAAUGUACAGGGCUAGCACCUUCAUAUUUCAAAUAAUGGUCACAAAACAACUAGAAUGUUUGCCACCACUUGGUUCCAGGGCACACUAAGAGUUUAUUGGUGAAAUUCCCAGCUCAUUCCUACAACAGAAGAAACAUUCCCUGACAAAUUAAGUUAUUUUAGGGGAGCUGUAGCCCCCUUCCUCUCUAGACUUGAGCUACCCUUCCCCCUCUCUCUCUCACUGCCCUCAUUUGUUGUUUUUAUUGCCUCAACAUUCUUUCUUUCAUUAUCUGUAAUAGCAUGCACAUUAUUCAGUUCAAGUAGCCAAAUAGCCUUGUCUUAUAGAGACUUGUAUAAUGAUCAGUGUGAAAAUAUUGCAAAAAUUAGUUGACCUUAAUUUAUGCUAUUCUAAUUGGUAUUUUCAUUUUGCGUUAUUACUGAAUAUAGUUAUGAAGGGUAGUCUUCAACAGCAUUGCUGUAUGUCUUACCCUGAUAAAUUUAUUGGUGACAUAUUUUUGUGCAUUCAAAUAGUCACCUAUAGAUUUCUAUAUUCACCAAGCAUUAUGCAUAUAAUUAGCUUGUCUUUUUAUCUUAAGUAUGCAAAUACUGAUGAAAAGUACUUGUAUGAAUUGUAACACAAAA